UGCACAUUCAUGGCGAGCUUCAUCCUCAAACUCACUGUCUUGUCCCUUUGCAUGUUAAUGGUCACUGGCUUUGAUUACAAGGAUGCUCUUGAUAAGAGCUUGUUGUUCUUUGAGGCUCAGAGAUCCGGCAAGCUUCCGGAUAAUCAGAGAGUGAGGUGGCGUGGUGAUUCCGGUCUUAGUGAUGGGUUUGCUCAAGGGGUCGAUUUGGUUGGAGGAUAUUAUGAUGCUGGUGAUCAUGUGAAGUUUGGUUUGCCAAUGGCUUAUUCUGUGACAAUGCUCUCAUGGAGUAUUAUUGAGUUUGAGAAAGAGAUCACUGAUGUUAACCAAUUGGAGCAUGCUUUGGAUGCUAUCAAAUGGGGGACUGAUUACUUCAUCAAAGCUCACAAACAACCAAACACUCUCUGGGCACAGGUUGGAGAUGGAGACAGUGAUCAUUAUUGCUGGGAGAGGUCGGAAGACAUGUCGACUCCGAGGACCGCUUACAAGGUUGACGCAGAGCAUCCCGGCUCGGACAUCGCCGGAGAGACUGCUGCUGCUUUGGCUGCUGCUUCCAUUGCUUUCAAACCUUAUGACUCUUCGUACUCUCAACUCCUCCUUGUCCAUGCUAAGCAGCUUUUCUACUUUGCGAAUACAUUUCGAGGCAAAUACGAUGAGUCUAUCCCAAAUGCUCGAGCGUAUUAUCCUUCAGGGAAUGGUUACUAUGAUGAAUUAUUAUGGUCUGCUGCUUGGCUUUUUGAGGCAACAAAUGAUCAAUUCUAUCUAAAUUACGUCAUUGAGAACUCAGCCUUGAUGGGUGGCACUGGAUGGGCAGUCACAGAAUUCUCUUGGGAUAACAAGUAUGCAGGGUUACAAGUUCUUUUAUCAAAGGUACUGCUUUCUGGAGGUAAUGAAGCUCAUCAAGCCAUUCUAAAGCAAUACCAAGCGAAAGCGGAGUUUUUCUUAUGUGCUUGUCUUCAGAAAAACAACGGGCACAAUGUUCCGAUGACCCCAGGAGGGUUAUUGUUCGUCGAUGGGUGGAAUAACAUGCAAUAUGUUUCGUCGGCAUCUUUUCUCUUGGCCGUCUACUCCAAUUACUUGUCCAUGGCCAAUGCAAAACUCUACUGCCCGGCUGGUGAAACGCAACCUUUCGAACUGCUUACAUUCGCACAGUCUCAGGCCGAUUACAUUCUCGGAAAGAAUCCGAAGGCUAUGAGUUACAUGGUUGGUUAUCAAGACAAAUAUCCGGCUCAUGUGCAUCACAGAGGUGCUUCAAUUCCAUCAGUGUCGAUCCUGAAAUCUCCGAUCGGUUGCCUCGAAGGAUUCGAAUUAUGGUACAAUCGUCAAGAGGCAAACCCAAACAUUAUCGCCGGAGCUCUCGUUGGAGGACCAAACCAAAAGGAUGAGUUCUAUGACCAACGAAACAACUAUGAACAAACUGAACCAGCCAUUGCAGGAACAGCUCCUCUUGUCGGCCUUUUUGCAAGAUUAAGCAGCCUCUCCGGAGGAUCAGGAUAUGUUCCAAGAAAUUCAUCACCAAAACAAUCCAGACAGAGCGCAUAUGUUCCAAGAGAUUCAUCACCGAAACGUAUCGAACAAAAUGAGAACCCUGUGGAAAUCCUCCACUCAAUAACUAAAGUAUGGAAGCAUAACGGUGUCGAUUAUUAUCGGCACAAGGUGAACAUAAAGAACACUUGCGGAAAGCCGAUUACUGAGCUAAAACUAGCCAUGGAAAACCUCUCAGGACCAAUAUGGGGUCUCCUACCAACAUUAGAGAAAAAUGUUUAUGAGCUUCCUUCAUGGAUCAAGGUCUUGAAUCCUGGUUCUCAAUUCACCUUUGUUUAUGUCCAAGAAGGUCCUCAAGCCAAGGUUUCAGUCCUGAGCUAUCAUUGAUCAGCAGAACGGUCCCAAUUGGUACAAUACUUACUUUUGGGAAGCCAAAGAUUGGAUUAAUCAUCUCUCCCACUAAUCUUUAUACAGUUGGAGAGCUGAUAUAAUAUGUAUUUCUUGU